AUGAACAAAAACGGAACAGCUAAAAUGAAUGAUAAUCAAAUUAGAGCAGAAGGUAGAAGGUUAUUUAAACGCUUCUAUAACAUUCCUGAUGGUGCUAAUCCUAAAACUCGUAGAAGCUAUUUAAAUGAAGCAAUAGAUGCAUAUGAAGGGUUUGACAUUUCAUCAGAAAGUGAGAGAUUAGCGAGAAUGUUAAAUGUUAAUAUUGAUUUCUAUUAUUGUGAUCCUCAACCAGAAGACGUGGACAUAAAUAAGGUAGACUUUCCAUUAGUGGAAUCAAUAAUGAUAGAUCCAGAAUUUGAAACAGUAAAUAUUUUAUUAACACAGAGUCCAUGUGGAAAACUUCACGCUGACAGAAUAACAGACGUUGAAGCACUCACCGGCUAUAAAGUUUGUCCAUUUUGUAAAGAAGAAGUUUAUUCUAUCCGUGAUGAUCCAGAAAGGAAAAACCAAAGAAGAUUUUUAAAGCAUUGUGAGAAAUGUAAAGAAAAUAAUGGAAGAUUAAUUCAAGACGUUCAAUUGCAAGAACUUUCAACAGAAUAUAAACUUUGCUUGAAAUAUGUUUUAGUAAAUUAA